AUGGUGUUCAAGUAUAUCGAUAAGGCUAUUGAUAAUGCUUAUGCAAAGGUAUUCGCAAGGCUAAGGAAAAUAGGAAGAAGAAUCGAAAGGACUCAUAGAACAACUUACGAGUACUGACUUACAUAUUGUGCGAGAAGAAGUAAGGAUUUAUCUGUGAAAGUCACACUAUGGAUUGUAGCAUACUGCUUUUUUACUUUAGGAAGAAGUAUUUUUGAUUUUUAUUUAUGGACAGGAAUAUUCCGUUUUAAAGGCCUUGUAACACCAAGUUAUUUAGAUCACCAGCUUGAUAAAUAUAAUAGAAAUAAGAUCAUUGACAUAUCAUCUGUUGCUCAUAAUGAAAGGAUAAAGCAUAUGCAAAUAAAUCAAGAACAAAUAUAUAUUUAUUACAAGUACUUGGAAGAAAGAAAUAAGUAA